GUAGCGCGGUCCGCAGUGGAGGCGGCGCAAACAGCCAGGGGGCGGCGGAUGGCUCUGCGGGGCCUGGCAGGCUCGGGGCCCAGCUCCCGCGGGCCGCUGGGUCAGGCGGGGGCAGCGGACGAGGAACGCGAGGCGCCGGCCGUGGUGGCGGCGGGAGACGCGCCAGAGGACGUUGAAGAGGACGAGGGCCGCAGCCGGGGCCUGCUGCGCUGGGACGGCUUCUCAGCCUGGCUGCAUUGCGUGUGUGUGGUGGGCUUCGACCUGGAGCUGGGCCAAGCCGUGGAGGUAAUUUAUCCUCAACAUUCCAAACUUACUGAUAAAGAAAAAACCAAUAUUUGCUAUUUGUCUUUUCCAGAUUCAAAUUCAGGUUGUCUUGGAGAUACCCAGUUUUGUUUUAGAUUUCGACAGUCUUCUGGGAGGAGGGUGUCACUGCAUUGUCUCCUGGAUCAAUUUGAGAAAGAUUUACCAGUUUACUUAAAGAAGGAUCCUGCCUAUUUUUAUGGAUAUGUGUAUUUUCGACAAGUUCGAGACAAAACUCUAAAAAGAGGCUACUUUCAGAAGUCCUUGGUUUUGAUCAGCAAACUACCUUAUAUUCAUUUUUUUCACACUGUGCUCAAACAGAUAGCACCAGAGUAUUUUGAAAAGAAUGAACCUUAUUUGGAAGCAGCUUGUAAUGAUGUUGAUCGAUGGCCUGCACCAAUGCCAGGGAAAACAUUACAUCUGCCUAUUAUGGGGGUAGUAAUGAAGGUACGGAUUCCCACAUGUCAUGACAAGCCUGGGACAACUCAAAUAGUGCAGUUAACUCAGCAGGGAGACACACAUAUAUCUGUUAUUUUACCUACUGUUCAUGAGGUGGAUCUUUUCAGGUGUUUCUGCCCAGUUUUCCUUCAUAGUCAGAUGCUUUGGGAGCUGGUGCUGUUGGGUGAGCCCCUCGUGGUCAUGGCACCGUCACCAUCAGAGUCGUCAGAGACUGUAUUGGCACUUGUUAACUGUAUUUCUCCAUUAAAGUACUUCAGUGAUUUCCGACCUUAUUUCACUAUUCAUGAUAGUGAAUUCAAAGAAUAUACCACCCGUACUCAAGCCCCGCCCUCAGUCAUAUUAGGAGUAACCAACCCUUUUUUUGCAAAAACACUCCAGCACUGGCCACACAUUAUUCGGAUAGGAGACCUUAAACCUGCAGGUGAAAUUCCUAAGCAGGUUAAAGUGAAAAAAUUGAAGAACCUAAAGACUCUGGAUUCUAAACCUGGAGUUUAUACUUCUUAUAAGCCAUAUCUAAAUAGAGAUGAAGAAAUCAUGAAACAAUUGCAGAAGGGUGUACAACAGAAGCGUCCUUCUGAGGCUCAAAGCGUUAUUCUCCGACGUUAUUUUUUGGAACUGACACAAAGCUUCAUCAUUCCAUUAGAAAGAUAUGUGGCAAGCUUGAUGCCUUUGCAGAAAAGCAUUUCUCCAUGGAAGAGUCCACCCCAAUUAAGACAGUUCCUUCCAGAAGAAUUUAUGAAAACACUUGAGAAAACAGGACCUCAGCUGACCUCUAGAAUAAAAGGCGAUUGGAUUGGACUUUACCGGCAUUUUCUAAAAUCUCCAAAUUUUGAUGGUUGGUUCAAGACCCGGAGGAAGGAAAUGACCCAGAAACUGGAGGCACUCCAUCUGGAAGCUCUUUGUGAAGAGGACUUACUUCACUGGACCCAGAAACACACAGAAGUAGAAACAGUAGACCUUGUAUUGAAGCUAAAAAACAAGCUGUUGCAGGCUGAUCGAGAGCAUUUACCUGUGAAACCUGACACUAUGGAAAAGUUACGGACACAUAUAGAUGCAAUUAUUUUAGCAUUGCCAGAGGACCUACAAGGCAUACUGCUCAAAACGGGCAUGACAUGAUAUUUGCCAGGAUUUUCCAGCCAAAAGGAUUGUACAUCAUGAAGCAUACUGACACUUCAACCAGACGCCCAAGAUCUCUCGGAGCGGAAAAUAGCCGUGAAUGCUAGCUACAGGGUUGAAAGACUAUACUGUAUAAACAGACCUUUUUAGUGCAUUAGUUUUAAAAAAAUGGAUAUCUGUGGUGGUUCCACUUUAAUACUGAAACACCAAAAGGCAUUUCUAUAUUUUUAAUCAUGUUCUAAAGUGCUCUUAUGAGAGACCUGUGGGGCCAUCAGUUUAAGCGAUUCCAAACUGCAGUGCUGGCAUUGCAGAUAUUUUUUUAAAUUGGUGCUUCUCUGCCCAAUCAUGAUAAAACUCAGGGGGAUAUAAAAAUGACAUUCACACUGGCUAUCUUCUUAAGAAGAAGGAAAAGACUGAACUGUCAGACUGUAGUUAGGAGUGAUUAAUGCUUUUGUAGUGCCUUCCGUUGUCCUACGUGUUUCACAAAGCCCAGCUGCUAGUCUUGAAGCUUUUUCUUAACGUGAUUAUAUGUAGUUUUUUAUAAGGCAUUCUUUUGAGUAAUCAUUGCUUAAAAAUAUGUUUUUUGCCUCCCAUUGUGUUCA